CUCCAUCAACACUUGGUCUUCAAACCGAUUUUCGUGAACUGCACAUCGACAUGGCUACGGAAAGCACACCACAGGUUGAAGCCGUCGACUCUGCUCCUGAGAACCGCGCAAGAUGGAAGCAUCUAGACACAAUUCUGAUGCGCGAAGGACAAUUCACUGAUCCGGACAACGCUACACCGGGUGACCAAAAGAUCCAGAGCCUCAAGGAUGCAAAGAUCCUGGUCAUUGGAGCCGGUGGCCUUGGAUGUGAAAUCCUCAAGAACCUCGCCUUGUCUGGAUUCAAGAACAUCGAUGUCAUUGACAUGGACACAAUCGACGUAUCCAACCUGAACCGCCAGUUCCUCUUCCGCCAGGCCGAUGUUGGAAGUUACAAGGCCGAAGUGGCCGCUCGCUUUGUCGAGAAGCGUUGCAAGGGAGUCAAGAUCACACCAUACUGCGGCAAGAUCCAGGACAAGGACGAGGACUACUAUCUUCAGUUCAACGUCAUCGUCUGCGGUCUGGACAGCAUUGAAGCAAGAAGAUGGAUCAACGCCACUCUGGUUGGCAUGGUGGACGACAACAAUGUCGACAGCCUGAAGCCCUUGAUCGAUGGCGGUACCGAAGGUUUCAGAGGCCAGUCUAGGGUCAUCCUACCCACCAUGACGAGCUGCAUCGAGUGCCAGCUGGACAUGCAUGCUCCCCGUGCCGCUGUACCUCUAUGCACUUUGGCCACCAUUCCUCGUCAACCUCAGCACUGUAUCGAGUGGGCUCAUCUGAUUGCUUGGGACGAGGAGCGUAAAGACAUCACUCUCGACACCGACGACACGGAGCACAUUUCUUGGUUAUUCGCAAAGGCGCUGAAACGCGCAGAGGAAUACAACAUCCCCGGAGUCACCUACUCGAUGACUCAAGGUGUUGUCAAGAACAUCAUCCCUGCUAUCGCCUCGACCAACGCCAUUGUCGCCGCCUCGUGCUGCCUUGAAGCCUUCAAGAUCGUGACGGGCACCGCACCCUUCCUGGGCCACCCCGAAGAAAACAACUACAUGAUGUACAGUGGCGACGACAGCAUCUAUACAUACACAUUCGAGCAUGAGAAGAAGGACGACUGUCCCGUUUGCGGCAAUCUGGCCAAGGUGAUCAAUGUCAAGAAGGAGUGGACACUGCAGGAGUUCCUGGAGCAUCUCGCAGAGAGACCUGAAGCACAGCUCAAGAAGCCCUCGAUCAGAACCGAGGAGAAGUCGCUCUACUAUUCGGCACCUCCCAGUCUCGAGGAGCAGACUCGUCCCAACUUGAAGCGCAAGCUGGAGGAGCUUCUGUCUGAUGGACAGGAAGUAGGAGUCAGUGACCCCGCAUUCACCAUUGACUUCAAGUUCAAGGUGCAUUUCACCUGAAGAGUGGUCGCAAAAACAAGACACAGCGCGGCAUGGAAGGUGAAGUUCUUGGGGAUCUUUGGGCACGAAAUGAUGAAGCAUAGCGUAGGCGUUCUUGGGGGAUCUCAAGGUUCUGAUAGGUAGAGGACUCCAAUUAGCGUAGAUGGCUCGAUAUACGAGACUCGAAUGUACAAAACUUGAUCAAUCAUGAAGCAAGA